AAAUUUUGGUACAGAAUAUGCAGCAAAAUUACAAUUCUCCCCACUAAAACCCAAAACCCCCAAAAGUAUCUCUCUCGCAUCUUCCUCUGUGAUUUCCGUAUUCAAUCCCAGAAUCAAUCAAGCCAAGCCAUCGGGUUGGAAGCUUCUUCUGCGCCUCCUCGUCUGCUGCCUAGAAACUUCUGCCAAGCACAACCAGUUAAAUUGAACGGAGGAGGACCUUUAAAGGUUAACCGAGCAUCCGGUGCGGCGAAGAAGCAUUUUGGUUGAGUUGGAUAAUUGCUCUGGGUUGGUUAGCGAAGAGAAAUAGAAGUAGAGAAACCCAUCUGAGUUUGUGGCUGUAUGCUAUAAUGAAAGCGUUUAAGGCAUUGGGAAAGCCUGCGAUCACGGCGGUUUUGUUGGGUCUGCUGUUGAUGUACUACUGCCCAAAUUCUGCAUUCGCCGCCUCCGGCGGCAGGGUCGGCGGUAAGGUGUUUUCUUCGCGCUCGUCUUCCUCCUCAUCGUCGAAGAGUUACUUGUCGAGUCCGUCGUCUUCGUCGCGAUUGUUGUCGUCUUCAUAUUCGUCGCGGUGGUUGUCGUCGUCGAGUUGUUCAAGCCAGUGCCUUUCGGAUUCGGUGUGUAAGCCGUCCCCAUUAGGGUUUAGUGGUGGUGGUGAUGGUGGGGUUGGAGUGGAUGAUGGGUCGUCGAGGAGCUUCUUUAUGUUCUUGAUGGUUUUAGCGGCUUUUGCUUUGGUUUACAGGUUUCUUUCGAAUAAGUUCCAUGGUAGCGUUGUUACUGCCACCGAGAAAACUAGUGUUGUUCUCAAGCUCCAGGUUGGGUUGUCGGGAAGGGCGCGACAGCUGCAGAGGGAACUUAAUCGGAUUGCUGACAUCGCUGAUACAUCUUCUCCUAAGGGUUUAAGCUAUGUGUUGACAGAGACAACGGUUGCCUUGCUUCAACACCCUGAUGAUUGCAUUUCAGGUUAUUCAGCUGUGGAUCUAAAGCGGAGUAUGGAGGAUUGUGAGGAACGCUUCGAUCAACUUUCUGUUGAAGAACGGGGUAAAUUUGACGAAGAGACACUUGUCAAUGUAAAUAACAUAAAAAGGCAACGCACAUCAAGCCAGGGGGAUAGUGGAUUCAGCAACGAGUACAUAGUGAUUACAAUUUUGGUGGCUGCUAAAGGAGUACAUAAGUUGCCUGUCAUCAGGGGCAGUGAGAACUUGAAGGAAGCUUUGCAAAAGCUUGGCUCUAUUCCCUCCAGCAGAAUACUUGCCGUAGAAGUUUUGUGGACCCCUCAAAAUGAAAACGACUGUCUAUCAGAGCAAGAACUACUUGAAGAUUACCCACUUCUGAGGCCUUUUUGGUGGCUCAUUGUCGAUGUGGGUUAGGAGCGUUCAUGACGGAGACAUGGGAAGGUGUUGACCUUGCUUCCCAAAGUUUCAGUUUCACACCAAAUGUGGAGUUCUGCCUAACAUUCUGAGCGCCUUUUAGACGUGAGAACUACAUCACCCAACGACUUUGACUGUCCUUCGUUUUUGGGAAAGACUAGAGGGUGGAUGAGAGAGACUAUAGGGUUGGGGGAAUACUUCAUGAUUAUGAAAGCUUUGGCUACUUAUUUUACCUGCCAAGAAAAUUUAACAUUUUUAGAAAUCCGAUGCAAAAAAUUAGGAAUGCAGAGUAUACUGUAUUUAUUUCCACUUUCAGAGAACCUUUGUAAACUUGUUCAAUCAAAUUCUAUGUGUGGGAAAGACUGUCGUAUCGUAUGGAUGUUCAAUUUUCUUACUGUACA